ACAAACAACAACAACAAAAGUCAUAAGUAGCACACAGUAGUGCCCUACUUAGCACCACAGACAAUGGUGGAACUCGAAAUUCCAACUCAACACUCAAGUACCCUCUCGGCUAUCUAAGCCGCUUCGUACAGAGCACACGACGAGUCGUGGUCACGAAGGCAACGACAGCAUAUUAGCCAUUGCAGUCGCACGCAUAGACAGCCUCUCGAGCACAAGGAUAAUUCACUCAUCACAACACGCACACAGGCACAAACACACGAGGCAAGCAAAAUAGACAACGAGUCGACUGGGCCGAGCCUGCGAGCGCUGCUACGGUGGUGGUUGCUGGUUGCUUUUUCCACUCCACUCCACUCUACUCUACUCUACUCGACUCGACUCGAUAACCGCUCCACCGCUCUCGACUGAAGUAUGCGUGCUUGUGUUGUAGUGUUUGUUGUUAUUGUGCGCGCAGGACAUGAGAAGCCACUUAGUAAAAUCGAUCGAAAAAGGAAACAAUUCAGCUGAAUGACUUUGUUGUUGCGCCGACCGAGUGAAUGAAGUUGCACAAAGGCUUGCCUGUUGGCCUGUCUGUCCGCAUACCUAUUUACUGCUCGAUGGCUGACGUUCUUCAUAAGACUCUCCACACGUGUUUGUGUGUGUGUAUUGGUGGUUGUUGAUGACUUUUGUUUGUUUGUUUGUAUGUGCAAUGCAUUGACUGCACUGCCGUUGGUUGGCCUGGGCUGCCGGGCCUAGCUGCCUGAACUGGGCUGAUGCGUUGGUUGGUCGACUGGCUGACUGGUUGUGGCUUCUUGGCAUACACGGCGACUCGUUAGUUGUUGAUGACACUUCAGUUUGAAAAGUGUACGCGGUCUCAAUUCGAGCAGCCAAAUUCGACUAGUACUCGAACUGAAGAGCAUGCCUAUUAACAGCUAGUACGCCCACUAAAAUCACGGAAUGUGAACGCGUGCAUAAAAACAGAGUUCGAAAAGCACAGAAACUGAUUUUGUUGAAAAACCAAGUGAAGUUACAUUAAGUCGUUAAAAGUUAUGUCAAGAAACAAUAAAAAAGUGUGUUUUUUAUGUAUGAAGCCCGGUCAAUGGACCAUAUUUAUCUAAAGUGUUCAUUAAACCAGUGAUCAUUUAAACAAAGAAAAGUUAAUUACACGCGCACCAACAGACGUCCUUGACUAAUCAAUCGUAGGCAAAAGUGUAUCAGCAGUUUACUAGACCUCAGCAAUCUUUUAAAGCUAAAACUUUUACAUAAAGAUUACUCUACUGCCGCAGCCGCGUACCGCCAACACCGUCAAAGUGGCUGAGAAACGCAAACGCACGCCGUCGCCGGUACGGCCAACGCGUUCACCACUGCACCGACGGAAAUCGCUUGAAUCGCUCUCCUCCAGCGCCGCCACACCACCACCCUCGCCCACCAAGCCGCGCAACAAUUUGCACACAGCGCGACGUACUUCUAGAACACCGACACCGCCCGCAUUACCGCCACCGCCGCGCACUUCCACACCCACACGCGCCACAUCGCCCACAGCGUCAGCGUGCACAACAAAGGAUCAAGUCGAUUCACCUAUACGUGCAGUGCCAAUGUAUAGCUCAGCGACUGUUACGCCCACCUCGAUCGCAGAUCAUUUACGUUUGCCCACAAAUGCUGCAGCGGCGGCGGCUUUCAGUUCCUUUCCUUCGUUGCACAGCAUGAGCAGUUUAAUGGUACCGUCCGCGGCUGCAGCUGCCGCAGCGGCGGCUCCUUUCCUGCCUUGGUCACCGAUACUGCUGCCACCAUGGGGACAUCCACUGCUGCCCGCGUUCUAUCCGGCGGCUUUGCGUAGCGCGUUACCGGGUCUCUUCGAUACGAAGGUGCCGCCUUCGCAACGCUCCUCCGGCUUUCACAUAUCGGACAUACUCAAUUUGGACGGCAGCGAGCUGAAGAAUGGCGUCGGGCCGCCACAUGCCGCUGCCGUUGGCCCACACAGCCAAACGGAUAUUAGUCAACAUGCGCAGCAGCAGCAUCAUUCUAGCCACCUGCCACAUCAUCUGCCUCAGCAUCACAACAACAAUAACACUAGCUUACAUAACAAUAAUAACAAUAGUAACAGCAAUGGUGAGGCUCACAGCGCACACUUAACACCACCGGCAUCCGUUUUGAGCGGCACCGGUUCCAGCAAUACCUUAACGGUACCCAACGAUGAUCAGCCAACACAACACUCCGCCGGCACCACACCAACACCAGCAGCUGUAGGUGGUGUCGUCAAUGGCACCGCUGCCAACGUACAGCCAGUCUCAGCACACCAUCAAAGCUCCGCGGCUGUGGCGGCGAAUGCUGCCUCAGCACAAGCAACCGCGCACCUGAUCGCUAGUCAUCACAAUGCCGUGGCCGCGGCAGCCGCAGCCGCUGCUGGACAAUAUUUGCCAAAGAACUUCACCAGUUUUAGUGAUGAAUUGUCGUCGUAUCACCAGAUGACGCACACAGUGUUGGCGCAUCCGGCGCGUAGCGCGUGGAUUAAGGAAAAUGAGCUUUAUGGCAUGCAACAGCCAGCCAGUCCUGACAGCACAUCACCACACACCUCGGAGGUCUCCUAUACCUACAUUGGCUCCAAUUGUCAAACCUCGCCAGCGCUCUCUGGCGAUUACAAAACCUACAGUCGUUCUGCCGAAAGCGAUGCGCUCUCCGUCGGCGAUGCAAAUUCGUUGCAUAUGCAAACCCAUCCCGGCUCCGCGGCACACCACCAGCUGCAUGCGCAUCACCAACAGCUCAACAAAAGCAUGCCAGGCAGUGGUGGCGGUGGCGGCGCAGGCGCGGAUAACACCAGCGCCGGCGGCUCGUCCUCUAAUCCGCACGACGACAGCCUCAUUGAGGAUGGCAUUGAAGAGGAUAUUUUGGAUGAUGAAAACGAUGAAGAAAAUGGUAAUGGCUCUGCCAAUGGUGCCGACGGCAUGCCAAAUAAGAAACGUAAAAGGCGCGUGCUCUUUACCAAAGCCCAAACCUAUGAAUUGGAACGACGUUUUCGCCAACAGCGUUACCUAUCGGCGCCGGAGCGCGAACAUCUCGCCAGUUUGAUACGUCUAACACCAACGCAAGUCAAAAUUUGGUUCCAAAAUCAUCGCUACAAGACGAAACGUGCACAAAAUGAAAAAGGCGUCUACGAGCAUCAUCCCGCCAUGCAUCCGCAUCAUGCGGCCGCGCUGCCCUCACCGCGACGCGUGGCCGUGCCGGUUUUGGUACGAAAUGGCAAACCAUGCUUGGCGGAUGGCACAAAACUGCCGCAGGAUUGCAUGACACAGCAAAUGCAAAAUGCGGCAGCAGCGCAUAAUUUGGUAAUGCAUGCAAAUGGCGCCGCGGCCUAUCAACAUGCGGCUGCAGUGGCAGCAGCGGGUUUACAUGCAGCGCAUGCGCACUCACAUCAGCGCCCAUGGUGGCCCUAAUAUUGUUGAGAGCUAGUGGAUCGGAUGUGGCGACGUGGCACUGGCGCUGGUGCAGUGUGAAAAUGACAACAGUAAAAACAGCAAUAACAAAAGCGUUUUGGGUGAUAAUUUUGUGAAAGCUUCAACGGAUGUAGACUUGAGCAUAUGACAGCUUUGUCAAGCGAACAUUCAAUUAUUGAAAGCUUCAUUUUAUGAAAGCUCGAAUUUUUGAAAGCUCAAAUUGGUGAAAGCUUAAAUUGAUGAAAGCUCAAAUUGGUGAAAGCUUCAAGUGUGAGCUUUCAUACACGCAAAGUAAAAUUGGCUGGAAAACAUUUUUUUGAGACAGCAGUUGAUAUUUUAACGGCACUACUCGAAUAUUGGACAAUAAUUUCAAAAGCACAGAAAAGUAAACAAAAACACAAAAUACACAAAAUUUUUAGUGUCGUAUUGGCAGUCGCUGUGGUGCAAUAAAAUUAGUAGAAAAAUGGUAUUACAUAAAAAAAAUUGAAGAAAAAGGCAAGCACCAUUUCGCAAAAGUGUAAAUAAAUUUAAAAAAAAAAAUUGUAAAUAUCAAUAAAAAUGUUUUCAUGUUAAAAAUAUGUUGUAAAUAACUUUAUUUGAAUAGUGUUAUAGGAAAAUAAAUGCAUUUUUAAAAAAACUUUUCAGACAAAAAACACAAAUUUUCCAAGGUUACGCUCAUUUCAAAAAUUUUCACGUCCAAAUUUACACUUUUGAGGUAAUUUUAUUAUUUUCACAUUAUGCGAAAACAAAAACGCAAGCUAUAAAAAAUAUUUUAAGCCAAAAGUAUAACAUAAACGUAGUUUAAAAUUGUAUAAAUUAAGUUAAAUCUUAAACAAAACAAAUAAAUAUAAAAAACGUUGAAU